AUGGAGGUGGGCUUCCUGGGACUGGGCAUCAUGGGCAAGGCAAUGGCGGCCAACCUCCUCCGCCACGGCUUCCGCGUCACCGUCUGGAACCGGACCCUGUCCAAGUGCGACGAGCUCGUCGCGAUGGGUGCCGCCGUCGGGGACACGCCGGCGUCCGUCGUCGCUAAGUGCAAGUACACCAUCGCCAUGCUCUCCGAUCCCAGCGCCGCGCUAUCCGUUGUUUUCGACAAGGAUGGCGUGCUCGAGCAAAUCGGAGAGGGCAAGGGCUACGUGGAUAUGUCCACUGUUGAUGCUGCAACUUCUUGCAAGAUAAGCGAGGCGGUUAAACAAAAGGGCGGAGCUUUUGUUGAAGCUCCAGUUUCAGGGAGCAAGAAGCCAGCUGAAGAUGGCCAAUUGGUCAUUCUUGCUGCAGGCGACAAGGCACUAUAUGAUGAUAUGGUCCCUGCAUUUGAUGUACUUGGGAAGAAGUCAUUCUUUCUGGGGGAGAUGGGAAAUGGAGCAAAGAUGAAACUGGUGGUCAACAUGAUCAUGGGAAGUAUGAUGAAUGCUUUUUCUGAGGGACUCUGUUUGGCUGACAAAAGUGGGUUGAGCCCCCAGACGCUUCUUGAUGUCCUGGAUCUCGGUGCAAUCGCAAAUCCGAUGUUCAAGAUGAAAGGGCCUUCAAUGCUGCAGGGCAGCUACAAUCCAGCAUUUCCCCUCAAACAUCAGCAGAAGGAUAUGAGGUUGGCUCUGUCGUUGGGAGAUGAAAAUGCCGUGUCCAUGCCAGUGGCAGCUGCUUCCAAUGAGGCAUUCAAGAAAGCAAGAAGCUUGGGACUUGGCGACCUGGAUUUUUCUGCAGUGCACGAGGUGCUGAAAGGCACAGGUGGUUCAGGCUAA